GCAACCGCCAUCUCUUAUAAGCGAGGAAAGUUUGACAAGUGAGUUCAGUUUCUCUGAAGUCCAACCGAGUCGGAGUUUAGGAAGUUGCCGGAGAAAGUCCUUCAGGGCUCGGCUCUCCUUUCCUCUUACUCCUCGCUGUCCAUUCAGCAGAAACACGCCCCAAGAUGGGUGACUGGAGCGCUCUGGGCCGGCUCCUGGACAAGGUGCAGGCAUAUUCGACAGCCGGAGGCAAGAUCUGGCUCUCCGUUCUCUUCAUCUUCCGCAUUUUGGUGUUAGGCACAGCCGUGGAGUCGGCGUGGGGCGACGAGCAAUCUGCAUUCAAGUGUAACACGCAGCAACCAGGUUGUGAGAAUGUGUGCUAUGACAAGUCUUUCCCUAUUUCACAUGUCCGCUUCUGGGUGCUUCAGAUCAUUUUUGUGUCAACACCAACGCUCUUGUACCUGGCGCACGUCUUCUACCUGAUGCGCAAAGAGCAGAAGCUGAACCGGCAGGAGGAGGAACUGCGCACCGUCCAGAAUGAUGGCGCUGACGUGGACGGGCCUCUUAAACGCAUUGAGAUGAAGAAGUUCAAGCAUGGUCUGGAGGAGCAUGGCAAGGUGAAGAUGAAGGGUGCCCUGUUGCGCACCUACGUCGUUAGCAUUCUCUUCAAGUCUUUUUUCGAAGUUGGUUUCUUGCUCAUUCAGUGGUACAUCUACGGCUUCAGUUUGGCUGCUGUGUACACCUGCGAGCGCUCUCCAUGCCCCCAUCGUGUCGAUUGCUUCCUGUCGCGUCCCACCGAGAAGACAGUGUUCAUCAUCUUCAUGUUGGUGGUGUCGCUUGUCUCUCUGGUACUCAAUGGCGUUGAGCUCUUCUAUGUUUUCUUCAAGCGUAUCAAGGACCGGGUCAAGGGAAAGCAGGGUCAGUUUCAGUCCAAUACCUUACCCCACCCUCCCAAGGACUUGCCAGGCAGCAAGUAUGCCUACUACAAUGGAUGCUCAUCACCCACAGCACCACUGUCGCCGAUGUCGCCUCCGGGCUACAAGCUAGCCACAGGCGAGAGGACCAACUCUUGCCGCAACUACAACAAACAGGCAAGCGAACAAAACUGGGCUAACUACAGCACAGAGCGCCAGCGCUUGGGCCACAAUGGCAGUACCAUCUCCAAUUCUCAUGCGCAUGCCUUCGACUACCCCGAUGAUGGUCACGAGCACAAGAGGGCGCCGUUGGGUGGUGAGCUGCAGCCUUUGGCGCUCACCGAAGCGAGACCGGUCAGCCGUGCAAGCAGCCACGUGAGCAGCCGAGCCAGGCCUGACGACCUGGACGUCUAAAAGCUGCUCUAACCCAUGCCAUGCUUGUGUUGUGCCAGUCUGUUAAUGAAAUGGACAAAAGGUGCAGGGACAGAGAGAAAAAUAUCGUCUCCUGCACCCGGGGAAAGGACACUCUCCAGUGUCCUGUCCUCGCUUUAGACUCUAGAUGCAGAGAUGUAAAAAUUACUCACACUGCUGGAGGUACCAUGUGCUAAUUAACGUCAAUGUCGAAGACUUGCGGCACUAACAUGCCUUUAACAGCUGUAUGGUGACAGGGAUGAGAGGCCAAUGUAUAUUCCAUUCACUUCCUGUAAGUCCCCUAUUUCCCCCGGAUGAGUAUACCUUGGUCAUGCCUGUCAAUUGUUUCGUUGUUUCGGCCUGCAGGCAAGUUUCAUUUCUAAAAAAAUACCAUAACUCCCUCGUUUAACAAAAUCUUCCUCAUCUCUAUGACCUCGACACUGUCUAGUCAAAAGGGGUUGUGUGUAGGUUCCUAGUGCUGAAGUUCAUGAAUUUAUAUUUAUUUAUUCAUAAAGGGUACAGGACAUCCACCACUCAGUGACUGACUACUACUCAAGGUCAUAUCCAUCUGAAUAAUACUUCACACAAAAGUAAGAGCAAUAACAAAUCACUAGAGCCAACUGCAUAUUUAUUGACAAUAAUCCAAAUUUUGGCAAUACACUUAUUAACAAAAGGUUGAUUUUAUUAAUCGUAGUGGACUGUUGUUUUCCUGAUAAACUUUGAAUAUAUGUGGUGUUAGUUGUGAUUAUUUUGGUGUUUGUUCUAAUGGUGUGGGGCUGAAAAUCUUUUUCUUUUUUUUUUCCUUUUUAUUUUCCUUUUUUUUUUUUUUUUUUUAAAUUGCAUUCUGGAAAAAAAACAACAACUUUGAGAGUAAGGCUUUAUUUUCUUUUUCUUUUUUUAAAUAUGCCACUUUUCCUUAUUUGUCUUGUUGAAUGGAAAAGUUCUUUGUGCUCUACCCAUGUAGUGAGUGGUUUUUAUUUUGUUUGUUUGUUUUAAAUCAGUGUAAUCGUGCUGCUUGAGAGAUAGCGUUUUAGUACUGUAAAUCAAGCUAACUGUCACAAAUGUGAGUUUUUAGAAGACUGCUUGUUAGAGCUGGACUAAUAUUUAGUCAUUUAAAUGAAUAAAUGCAAAAUAUAUGCCAAUGUAGCUCCACAAUUACCAAACACUAGUAGACUAAAUUUAAGGUUUUGAUUCGCAAACUUUACACCACAGCAUAUCGGUACUCGAAGCAUGGAGGUUCUCGGAUAUUUUUUUUUCAGCUACAACGGUGUUUGCACUGAGACUUUGGCAAAGAUGUAUGAUGCAGAAGUGGCAACAUGUUCUCUCUGUUAUGCAUGUGACUAAUUUAUUUGACCACACACCAGGCCAACAAUCAUUAUAUUAACAGAUAAAUAACAGAUUUCACGUGAAACCCUUUGUAUGUGUUUGGACCUUGAAGGCCCAGAACCAAGAUGUUUCAUAUCCACUGAAGGAGAAGAAUACAGUUUUAUGUUUGUUUGAUGAAGAGCGUUGAGAAAAUGUCCUUCCUUAAGAAUCCACUGUUGUACAGUGUGCAAAUGCAUGAUAACAAAAAGAAGUCAAAUUUAAUCAAAUCUGUGAAAAAAAAUGGCUAUUUUAACCAAUAAAGAUUUUCUUUGUUAUA